GUUUCUCAUUAUUCAAUGAAAUCUCCCAACCAGGAAGAGGGCUGUGUGUCCUUUGAGGAUGUGGCUGUGUACUUCUCCUGGGAGGAAUGGAAACUGCUUGAUGACUCCCAAAGGCUCCUGUACCAGACUGUGAUGACAGACAUCUUUGAACUUGUGUCCUCGCUGAGACUUGAGCUUUCUGGGAUCAGUGACAUAACUCAGGUGGAAUCUUGCGGAGAUCUCUCCGCCCCUGCACUGAGAUUCACGACUCCGUGUUUGUGGACAGGUUGUUGGAUCAAAGUGGAGAGUGACACAGCCCCCUUUGAGCAGAGUCUUUCUGUGGAAGGAGAUCUUCAUUCAGCCAUGCCCCAACAGCCAGGGCUGAGCCAUGCUGAGCCAGCCUUGCUAAGUGCAGACAGCGCAGUGAUCCUCCAGACUUCCUCGGGUCUCCACGGGCAUCAGGUGACUUACACGGUUGGGGAGGCACCCAAGAGCCCUGAGAGCGCAGAGGCCCUGGCCACUGAGAAGAAAAACUGCAAAUGCACUUACUGUGGCAAAGUGUUUACUAGUAUAUCUCAUCUUAACCGCCACUGGAAGAUACACACUGGAGAAAAGCCUUUCCAGUGCAGCGAGUGUGGCAAAUCCUUCAGCCAGAAAGCCUUCCUCAUUAAGCAUUUCCGAAUGCACACCGGGGAAAAGCCUUAUAGGUGUGGGGAAUGUGGCAAAGCCUUCAAGCAUAACAUCUCCCUCAUUUCCCAUCAAGGACUUCACACAGGAGAAAUGCCCUUUAAGUGCAGCGAGUGUGGGAAAUCGUACAGGAGCAGGGAAGGCCUCAAAGUCCAUUAUCGCUUUCACACGGGCGAAAUGCCCUUUGAGUGCAGCGAGUGUGGGAAGGCGUACAGAAGCCGCGAAGGCCUUCUGAACCAUUUCUACAGCCACACUGCAGAAAAGCCUUUCGGUUGCAGUGAAUGUGGGGAAUAUUUCACCCAAAACUCUGACCUCAUUGAGCACCUAACCGUCCAUGGCAAGCCCUUUAAGUGCAAUGAGUGCGGGAGAGUCUUUAAUUCCAGUUACAACUUCGUGAGACACAUGAAAGUUCACAUUGUAGCCAAGCAGUACGCUUGCCGGGAGUGUGACAAAGUAUAUUGCAGUAGCUCUAGCCUGUAUAAACACCGGAAGGUUCACACUCGAUAAGUGAAAGUCUAAAGAGGGCAAUGAAACACACACACACACACAAAGCCAGGUGGUGGUGGCACACGCCUUUAAUCCCAGUACUUGGGAGGCAGAGGCAGGCAGAUCUCUGUGAGUUUGAGACCAGCCUGGUCUACAAGAGUUAGUUCCAGGGUAGCCUCCAAAGCCACAGGGAAACCCUGUCUCGACAAACCAAAAUAAAACACAAACAAAAAAGAGGGCAAUGAGGGUAAUAAGUCCCUUGGUUGUCUAAAUGAACACCUGAAAACCCAGUGGGACUAAAGGAGGGUUGAGAAAAGAGCAAAUGUCAUCGCCAGUCACACACACACACACCUCCCACUCAUAAAAGUGGAGAGGUCACUGGCCUAGGAUAUGUCACGAACCCGUGGAUUUCGGGAUCCAAGUUUGAAGCCCCUGAACAAAAAAGUGUUUUCUGAAAGGCACGUCAUUCCCCCUCACAUAGGUUUCUGAGUGCAGAGAUUUCAGGGAACAGCUUCAGCCCCUGGCAAACCUUCACUUUAGGACUGACCCUGACCUUAAAAGAGAAGUUAUGAGAGUGCCCUCUGUUUGAGCCACGUCCACUGAACUGUCCUCCUCUGGUAGAGCUCUUCCCAAGAAGUUGACGCCAGGGGCAUAAGAGAGAGGGCGGGAGCUCUGUUCUUGACUGUCCAAGUGUGGAGAGGCGUUUCCAUGGGACUCAGUUUGGUUGGAGGAGGAACAGGGUGGCCUUGGAUUUGUAACGAGACUUGACUUCUCAUUUUUCCGAGUGUUACAGUGCCCCGAAUAAAUGUUUGUUUUCCCCUCUC